UCUAUAUACCAUCUACUCACCGGCCGAGCACAGGCCAACAGCAGUGCAUAAGACCAAGGAGGAGGGCGAGAAGGAGGAAGAAGAAGGUAUUGAUGUGCCGCCUGAAUGGAGUCAAAGGAGCAGGAAGCAGAACAUUGAAGAAGGAUGGGUGAAGGCCGAGGAGUGAGUUCAGGAGCAGCUCAAGGUCAUGUCAGAAUAUGCCCCUGAUUUGCUUUGUUUCCACAGCCAAUUUCCUCCUCACUUUUAUGAUUCCAACAUUCAAUGCUUUCAGCGCCAUCAACCAGUGCCUGCUCUUUGCAAGACGAUCAUGCAGGCAGAUUCUCAUUCAACCACACGUGGGUAUAGUUCUUUUUUUUGUUUGUCAGGGAAUGGAUGGGUGCGACAAUUGGACAACGGAUCUACUAAUGCGUACCAGCUCAACACCACAAGCCUACCUACCAAUUAUUGUGUUCAUGCAAAUUAAAAAACACCACGGAGCUGUGGGGUGCGUUGCAUGUGACUGCGAUGUCCUCAGAGUGUUGUUAUGCUCUUGCUUCCCUUUUCAGGGCUUCGAGGUUUCAAUUGCAACGCCGGGUAUUUAAUGCCGCACCACUUUGGGUAAUUGUUGCCCAUGAACCAAACAUCAUUCCACCAGCAGGGAUCCAGAUUUCCAGGCCCUGAAACUCUCAGUGAUAAUCAACCAGAAAACAUAUAAUA